GCACACCAAACAUCCAUUCUCUUCCUGAUUGGGUGCCAUAUCAAUUAUGGCUAUGUUUGGGGUCUUUGGACGGACAUCAGCCCUACGCUGUACUGUCAGGCAGGCAUCAUCCAUCCGUUGGCGGCAUGCUAGCACAAAGAACAACAGUUUUAUUCGGGUGCAUGAUGAAGUGAGAGAAGCAUUGAAUUCAGGCAAACCAGUUGUGGCUUUGGAGACCACUAUAUAUACGCACGGCUUCCCAUAUCCAGACAAUGUUGCAUUAGCAUCGCAUCUAGAAAGUAUAGUCCGCGUGAAUGGUGGUGUCCCAGCAACUAUAGGAGUCAUUGAUGGAGUAGCCCGUGUUGGCCUUGAUGCAGAAGAGCUCAUCCGACUAACUGCGUCUGCCGGGAAAGACACGACUUUGAAGCUCUCUAGACGUGAUUUAAGUUAUGUUUGUGGAAUGAGACUUGUCGGCAAGAAUUUCAAUGGAGGUACGACAAUAGCUGGAACCAUGGUUCUGGCCCAUUUAGCUGGUAUCAAGGUUUUCGCAACUGGGGGACUAGGUGGUGUCCAUCGUGGCGCUGAGUCGUCCAUGGAUAUAUCAGCAGAUCUGACAGAACUCGGCAGGACCCCUGUAGCAGUGGUCAGUAGUGGGUGCAAGAGUUUCCUGGACAUAGGACGGACGAUUGAAUAUCUAGAGACUGAAGGCGCAGGGGUCGGCACAUUCGCCGAUGGACGACAGGGAAAUGUCGAUUUUCCGGCGUUUUGGUCUCGUGAUAGCGGUGUGAAAAGCCCGGUCACAAUUCAAGAUGAAAUCGAGGCUGCUGCCAUCAUACAUGCUCAAAAUUCACUUGGAAUCAAGUCUGGCCUUGUCUUUGCAAAUCCUAUCCCUGAAGAAUUCCAGAUUCCGAAGGCAGAGAUGGACUUGGUGAUUGCGGAAGCCAUCAAGGAAGCUGAGGCCGCAGGGGCAUAUGGAAACGCUAAUACGCCAUACAUUCUGAACAAAAUCAAGGAGUUGACCAAGGGGAACAGCAUACCUGCGAACAGAGCUCUCAUCGAAUCCAACGUAAGACGUGGUACAAUCGUAGCCCGGGAACUUGGUCUAUUAGAAGCAAAUGAGAGGGGAGCCGAGACUGGUGUUUCAAAUACGUUCAUGCCGUCUACUACGUCUACUGUCUCUGUUGCUUCUACGCCAAGUUCAUCUUCUUCAUCUGAGAUACCUGUAACACCUCUUGAAGCUGCUGAAACUGCGAACACUGAAGUCAUUGUUGCUGGUGCUCUAGCCGUAGAUUUUGCCUGCGAUUAUACCCCUUUCUCCGGUACUCCCUCUGAGACGAGCACCACACCUCAACUUCAUACCUCUAACCCAUCUCGCAUCACUCAAACCCUCGGCGGUGUAGGUCACAACAUUGCCAAAGCUCUCCACUACCUAGGUAGCUCAGUCUCCCUCUGCACCGCCAUCGGCGAUGACUUAAGCGGCCAUGCCGCAGUUGUACAACUACAGUCCCAAAAGUUCAGCACAGAAGGCAUCAAAACACUCUCCUCCGCCUCCUCCGCCCGCACAGCCCAAUACAUCGCCGUCAAUGACGCCAAUAAAGACCUCAUGCUCGCCAUGGCCGACAUGACCAUCCUCGAGGACAUCCCGUCAGCAUCAAUCCCCUCGCUAUGGCCCUCCAUCACUGACCGCACCUUCACCCCAGCAUGCGUCGUCGUAGACGGUAACUGGUCCCGCGACGCAGCACACACCUGGCUUAGAGCCGGCAAAGCCGUCGGUGCUACAACCGCCUUCGAGCCCGUCAGCACAUCGAAAGCUGCGCGCUUCCUCUCCGGCCCCGCACACGGCACCGCAUCUGACAUCGGGGUGUUCCCGCAGCAUAUCGUCGAUAUCGCGACACCAAACCAGCACGAGCUCGCGGCUAUGCAUGCCACAGCACAGCAAGCGCUGCUGAGCAGGCAGGACUGGUGGGAGGUCAUUGACGCGCUGGGGAUAUCGUCAAGUGGGCUGCGUACGGCGCUGACGCACGCGACGAAUGCGGACUUGGUGGACCAGGGGAUUCCACAGAUGGGCAUUCAGUUGCUGCCUUUCAUACCGACGAUUUUGACGAAAUUGGGGCCCAAGGGUGUGCUGUUGACUAGUUUGCUGCCAAGGGGAGAUGAGAGGUUGCAUAGGGCGGAGUAUAAGCCGUAUGUGCUCAGUAGAACUAAUGUGGAUGGGAGUGGGGUUGGUGGCGUGUAUAUGAGACUAUUUGAGCCACCUGAGGUGUUGGUGGGUGAAGAUGUGGUCAGUGUCAAUGGGGUGGGUGAUACGUUCUUGGGCGCGGUAGUCGCGGGUAUCUUGAAGGGGAGAAGAGUCGAAGAAGUGGUCGGACUGGCACAGAGGGCUGCUGGACUUACGUUGAGGAGUAAAGAGGCUGUUAGUCCUGAGUUAAGGAGUAUUGCUCAUUUGUUUUGAAGUUCGGUAUAUGGUAACAUGUACAAUACAGAUUGGAUGUAAGAUCAGGGGCUUCUAAAGCGAAUAUGCUCAACGCCCACUUAUAGCACAAAACUCCAAUAUAUGGCAUC